CGAUAAAUUGUAACAACUCUUCAUAGUUGUGCUUCGAUACCUACAUACAAGCCUAUACCUACACAAUAACACGAGGCAUAUGAGUGAUUCUGGACCCCAACAGAAAUGGUUGCAAUAUUGAUAAACGUGUUCUGUCUUGCACUGGCCGGCUUAUGUGUUGAUGCCUGUUUGAUAGCACCCGCGCCAGACUGUGGCUGUGUGUUUACAAACCAUGACCCUAUCCCCGAAGAAGAUUACAUCAGUGACCCAAUACAUCUUCAGGAUGCCGCAAAAUUUCGGUCUCGGAUGAAAGAUGCUCUCGCAAGACACUGGGGAGCUUAUACAUUCAUCUACUCCUUCCCUGACAAACAUGUUUUCCCAGAGGAAAGUGGGAAACCCAUUUGCAAAACAGAUCAUAAACGCAUACUGGGUUACUGGAAGGAUUAUGGUGUGACGCUGUGCCUGGUAGUUCGUCCUGAGAAACAAGUCCUGACCAAGGCGGUGUGUGACGGCAAGGCGUGCUGUAACAACACUAUAUGUGAGCCGGGCGGGUUUGGACUGACAUCUUACCUAGUGUACUGUGACGUAUUUUACACGAAAGGAUACGGAGAAGACAGUUGCUGUCUUGUCGGAACGGAUGUGCUACUGGAGUAUCAUUCGCCGCAUGUACCCGAGGACGAUUUUAUUGGCAGGUCUAAGCGUGAUGUACCAGCCGAACACGUUGACGAUACAGAAAGAUAUCGUGCUGAGCGACAGAACCAUGAUGUACCAGAGGAUCAAUACUUUGACAAUAUAGAUGAGUAUCGUGUCGGACGACAGAAAAGAUUAGCAGGACCACCAGUUCCCGGAUGUGAGGGAGGCAACGGCUACUUCGAGUUCAGGCAUGACUACUUUCCCUCUACCUGCUCAUGUAGAAACUGUUACGGUUGUUUGGCAUAGAACGAAGGUGUCUCUAUGAUUAGAACAGUGCUGUACCCUUUGUGAUACAAUGCCGUGAUGUCUUACAAAUGCCAAAUAUAUUGAAAUAAAAUAAUAGAUGUUUUGAAAAAAACACCUUUG